AGUAGGUACUAACGAGACGUAUGGCACCUGUCGGCAGUAACGCUGCAAAAGCUGCAGGAAUUGUAGUGCUUGUAGCGGGUCUGGUGUUUGUAGGAUAUCGUAUCAGGCAAUAUAUUAUCAAGAAAAAGAAACAAGAAAACGAACCAGAAGAUUUCCAUUUUGUAGAAGAUGUGUCUGCUUCGUACAGCUCAGAGAGUCCGUCACUGUCGACACCAACACCACUUGAAGAAAACACCACGUUGAAAGCUACAGUCAGAGAAGGCUCAGCAGAUGAAGAAGCCAAGGGCAGUCAGGACUCCAGCCAGAAUGUUUCGUCCAACGUCCUCACACCCCUCACCCCACCAAAUAGCAUCUCCUCCGACCUCACCCCCUCCACUGCCCCCAGCAUGCUGCACAACUUUGAGAUGGUGGCAGACUCCCUGGCUAAAACUAUAGGGGCAGGGGAAGAGGGGGUCAAGGACACUGACGGUGAAGGUCAAGCUGAGGUGAAGGUCGAUGAGAAAGGUGAUGGAGAAGAAACCAAGGAUGAGGAGGAAGAUGAAAAAGAAGAUAAGAAAGAAGAGAUUUCAGAACUGCUUGAUGUUGCAUUAGCUUCCCAAGAUGCAAAGGUAGAAAAAGAACCCAAGGAAUCCCUACAGGACCGUAUCAAAAGCAAAGCUUCAGAAAUCGUUAACACAGUUGAAUCUAAAGCUGCUGAACUUUUGAGAACAACAGACAAAGCCCUGAAAGAGGCCACAGAGCAUGCAGAUAAUAAAACUCCUCUGGACAAUAUCUCUAAAGACCAUUCUUUCAAAGAAAUCACAGAUGCUACACAAGCUGCUGCAGAAGGUGCUAUAACACAUGCCAAAGCCAAAGCAGACGAGAUACAGAAUGGCGUCACCAGUAAAGUCUCCCAUCUGGAAAAAUCAACCAAAGAUGCAGUCCAUGAAGUAUCAGAGCAGGUUGGGGCAGGUGUCGGUGUCCCUGGGGAGAAAGCUGCCAGUGCUGCCUCCAGGGUGGUAGAGACAGCUAAAGCAGCCGUCCAUGGUGCUGAAGCCAAAGCUGCAGAGGUGGUAAGUGCUGCUGAGACGAAAGCCACAGAAAUCAUGGACACUACCAAAAGUGCUUUCUCUGGUGCCGGCUCUGCCAUUGGUCACGGAGUGGAGUCCAUUACAGCAGGUGUUUUUCGUUCUAGUCCAAAGAGUGAAACUGCAACUUCUCCGAGUUUAAAAGAGGAUGCAGUUACCAAAGAGGAAAUUUUGCCAGUUCAUGCUGCUCCUGUGGGGGCAACCCCUCCCCAGAGUCUCUCACCAACAAAAGCCGUUACAGAUGAUGAUGUUCAGAAAGCCUUAGACACUCUUAUUCAUGGCUCACCAACAAGAGAACGGUCACCAGGUGGCGCGUUGUAUGAGAGAUGGUCACCAUCCCCUUCAAGAGAACCAGUGAUAUCACCUCUAACAUCUGUCCAGGAUGAGCCCAAUUUGUCACCUCCAGGGGUCGCUACAAACUUACCUCCUGAUUCUGGAGAAAGUCUGUCCUUUGAGCUGCUGUCUCCACCCACCAGCAUGGUGUCUCACCAGGGUCAAGGUGAAGGUCAAGGUGAAGGUCAGCAAGAACUGGACUCCAGCAUGGGCAGAAUGAGUGGGGACUAUCUAGUGCUCGGACAGGACAGUAGAGGGCAGUCCGAUGAAGGAAACUCUUCCAGUUCAUUUGAGGUUCUUUCUCGUGAAACGGCGAGUGAGAAUCACCAGAGACAAGAGGAUGUGCUGGAUGUGGAGGCAGAGGAGAAAGAGGAGGCCUCUGGACAGUCAAGUGAUGAGAAGGAGGAAGUCGCUGUAGGUGGCAGCAGUGGUGGUGAUGGCACAGGAGAAGCUCAAAGCAGUACUGAGGAGAGUAUGUCUGAUUCCACGGACAGUGUGAAGGCAGCACCUAAGACAGCUGAGAUAGAAAAAAGUGGUCAGGCCCUUGAAGUUCAACCUAAGCAAAUGGUGGCUGCCAAACUGGUCACAAGAAAACCAGCAACACCACAGAAAGGGGCGCCAGAGGCCCAAUCCCAGAGUACACCAGAAACCCAAUCCCAGAGUGCAUCAGAAACCAAAUCCCAGCCAGUGCACGUCAAUCUACGUGAAAUGGUGGAGGGAGCUCUGUUCCCUGGCGGUGAAGAGGAAGAUACACUGCCGUCUCCAACCCCAGACGAGAUGAGAGCCGCGUUAUCAAGUGCCCAGUCCGGUACCUUGACCAAGAGGGAUGCAGAAGUAUUGGUGGCGCUGCUGUCAAGUCCUAACCAAGAAGAGCUAGAAAGACUGCUCACCACCAUCAGCAAUUGUGCUGCUUUCACUGUGAAUCAAAACUUACUGCGAGAGUCAGGGGGUCUGGACAAGGUAACGAAGCUACUGGACAAAUAUGGCCGCAUGCCAGAUGACCAGAGGUCACAGAAGGUGGUCAAGGCAACUGCCCAGGCCAUUGCUAACCUGGCCGUGAACACAGAGAACCAGAAACAUCUGAAGGGAUGCAUUCCAAACCUGAUAGACACCACCCUGUCUGAAGAGAACCCAGAGCCAGUGUAUCUGGCCUCUCUGCAAGCCCUUACCAACCUCUCUGUAACAGACCGUUACCAUGGUGACUACACCAGGCUGAUCCAGAAGUUGUAUUUACUCCUAGAUGGCGCUGGUGAGGCUGUCAAAAUGCAGGCUUUGAAGGUUCUGGUCAACCUGUCAUGUAAUGCAGAUAUGGUGCCACAUUUAUUAGCUGCCAAGGCCCCAAAAGGAGUACUCAGCAUGCUAUCAUCUAGUGAGACAGAGGACGUCCAGCUCAGGUGGACCACACUGCUGGCCAACAUCAUGUCCACUGUGUCCGAGAUGGGACUGACCAUUAAGGAUCUCCCAAUGACCUCCAAGGCACCGUCCCCCGAGACCCUUUACGCGGCAGUGUACGGGGUGCAGAGCGAGAUGGCGUUGAAGAGCAAGGUGUUUGUGCUGUGCAGACAUAAGAAUGAAGAUCUCGCUCAGCAAGCCACCAGGCUCUAUGGAUGUUUCUCUGUUAAGUCUACUUAAUAAUGUUAACUUAAGGGAAUGGUUGCAGUGUUACUGCUCUAACAGAGGUUGGAGGAUUAACGCCGUCUUCUCUAAAUGCUAUAUCAUUUAUAUAAUAUAAGCAUAUGCUUGUAUUAACUGUAUGACUGGAAGGAUCACAAGGACAUUGGGGCAUGUGCUGCGUAGAGACACAUCAGAGGCAGAUCUUUAUCUUCCUAAGUAGCCAAGAUAAGAAUUUUGCCACUAAGACUAACAGUCUGUAAAAUUACAAUCAUACAAAUUGUGGAUAUUGUCUGGAAGUACUAAAGGAUUUGUAAUCGGCCUCUGAAAAUCAAGUGGGACUAUGGUGCUUACUGCUUCCUGGAAAGGAACUAGUCACUUUGAUAUUACAUUUUAUUAUGUAUUGUUAUUUAUGAAAAGAUUCAAUGCAAUUGGAGAAGGUACAACAUGUUGAAGAUGGGUGGAAUGUAAAAUAAUCUAAUACUAGAACCAAAAAGAGAGAAAAAAGACACCUAAUCUGAGAUUAGUGUCAGUGGAAGAAAUAUUUUAGACUUAAGAAAAACCUCGAACAUGGUCACAUUUAUUAUAGCACAUAACUCCAGAGACACAAAUGUCGAAAUGUUGAUAUUGUAUAUACUACUAGUUCAUCAGUUUAAAUGUUAAAAAUUUCUCUCACACUUUGAAUGUUAUUUGAGUAUAGGUGAAACUGAAGUGCAACUCCCUGCAACCAAGUGUUAGGCUUUAGUAAAAAAAAAAGGUGCCUUGUGUCUUUAAAAAGAUCCCAGUGUGUGUUGAGCAAAAUACUUUGGACAUUUUUACCUUUGAUACGGUACCGUUAAAAUGUCUAGAACACAUUUGUGGUCUUCCUUUACCUUGAUUGCCUCUAGAUUUGUCAUUUUGCCAUGUCCUGCAAACAUAUCCCCAUAGUACUUUGUGCAAUUGUAACUUUGAUAUUUGAGUCUUUCACACUGCAAUUUUCCCCAGAAAUGGUGCAUAAUACAAUGUUUGUGGAUGUUGAAGUGCAAUUAGUUCCCGCAGUAAUUUGUGGCUGAAGUCAUGAGGUGCCCUUGAUUCUGUGAGACUCCGCUGUAAAAAGAGUGUUGUUUAUGUUAAUUGAUGUUUUUUUGUUAAUUUUUUGUAGCUUGUGGUGGACCUGAACUCUUGUGACCAAAACAUGGACGUCACAAAAAUCAAGAUAAAUGUUACUGUUAUUUAACUUGAUUAAAUCUUGCUGAAAUAAUCUUAACUCUUCCAUCCAUGUUAAUUAUUCAAAGUUUAUACUUUAAUAAACCUGAAUAAGGAGUACUUUUAACAUUGUUGAACAUAGCGAAAUGUUAUAGCAUGCAAAUAUGUGUAUAAAUAUACUGCCAGGGUUGCCAGUUUAACUUUUGACAGAUUUCCUUGUGUUAAGACUCUUGUCUGUAUUAAAUACAUAACAAUUAUUAAUUAAUUAAUAUCAAGACUGGAAUACAUUCUUAAAGCUUCAUAUCUGUUGAUGAUAUUACAUUAUGGAAAUAAGUGAUCUUUACAUGCUGACAGCUGAUGAACUGGCAGCCCUGGUAAGUUGUUGUCAUUAUCACAAGGAAUGAAGUUUGAUGUGUGCUAGCAGGGGGAGCCUCUAGCUUACUACUACUGGUCUUUACACCCUGGGUAUCAGAGGUGGCUGGAAAUGGCACAGUGAUGCUGAAAAUAAAAAUGGAUUUCCACUUAUCUCAGAAACUCGGUGUAAUACUUUGCAACACUUGUGCCAAAUAAACAUUUUCUUCUCUGAUUAGAUUGUCAAGGUUUGAUUACUCCGUAUGCUUGUUUUUUCCCAGCAUAAUGCGAUGGUACUGUGGACCCCGUCCCAAUGCUCCAAAUUUCUAUUUAAUCAAUCUGUUAGGAGCUUAAGCACCUCCAAAAUGCUAAUAAAAUGGAGCUGUAACGUUGUUGGA